ACGCUCCUCCCCCUAUCAGUGAGAUUCAGCCUACAGAUAGUCACAGUUCCCCAAGAGAACUGAAUUGAAAUACCGUAGGGUUUAGCUCGAAGCUCGAUAAUCAUGUUUGUGAAGGUUGUAGCUCCACUCUUGGCAGUUUUCUUGGCCGUGGCGAGUGCUGACUUGGUCGGAAGCCCGGUGGAUACAGACAUCAACAACACGGAAGUCCAGGAUGCCCUGCGUUUCGCAGUCGCUCGGUAUAACGCAGAGAGUAACUGCAUGUACACCAGUAAGGUUGUGAAUGUGAUCAGGGCCCAGACACAGGUUGUUGCCGGUGUGAAGUACAUCUUCACUGUCGAGAUGGCUAAGACUUCCUGUAAAAAAUCAGAAGAUGAAAACACGUGUGCCACCAAUUCGGACACAACGAUCGCACAACCCCAUGAAUGCAAACUUGCAGUGUGGAGUAAGCCUUGGGUGCCCAGCAUGAUGCUGAUUGAGAAUACCUGCUAAUAGAGAUCACUUUCAAUCAAAACUGAUGAGCUUGUUUAAGAGGUUAAAAUAUUUUAAAAUGCACUUUACAAUGUAUGUUGUACUUUUUUAACAUAUUCUAUCAACUAACACCAAUAAUCUAGGCUCUGAGAUUAGAAAAGGUUGUUUGCAGGGGGGAAAAAAAUGUAACAGAACUUAUUAAAGUAUAUGUGCUAUUAGGGAAUAUAAUAUAUUGAUUAUAAUAAAAGGUUUUUGUGAAUGCU